UUUUUUUUUUCGGACAAAUCUUGAACCAAAGGAUUGGCUCGGCGAGAACAAACGGGGUUUGCAUACGAUCUUCAAUAACCGAAACCCUAGCCUACGUCUCCCUUCUAUCUCCCAGCCUUCUACAUCACAAACAAAUAAAUCCUUUCUUCUCUGUGUUCAUAUUGUUGAUGAUGGAGUCGGCGGAAACAGGAGAAUGCCUGUGGAUGGUGACAGACGAAUACAUCUUUGGCAUCCGCGUUGAGAAGUUAGAAAAAUUGGGGAAGAAUGAGGAUAGGGAUUGGAAAUCCCUUCUUGAGCGGGAUCGGUUUGAUUUCCUUUUCAAACUUCCAGAGUCCCGCACGUGGGAUCACUUUAUCUUCGACGGGAAACUUUUCUUAGUCGAUGUUCAACCCGUUUCUGGCACAAAGAUCUACCAAAUCUCCUAUGUCGGCGGCGACACGUUGGGCAUAUCUGAGGCAGUAGCGACGGGCGCAAUCCCUCCGCCACCGACCAGCUACCACAGUUUCCUUGCAAACAUUAAAGAUAAAGUUUACAUGGUGGAGCAUACUGUGGCACCACCGUCAGGAAGAAAGAGGGGGUUAUGGGUUUUACGUUCGGGUUCCAGUCCCCCGAACUGGCAUUCCUUGGCCGCUCCUCCAAUCGAACUCGCCUCUGAUUAUUCGAUUCAUGGUUUCGUGUUAAAUGAUAAACUUUUCUUGCAUGGCGGAUCCGCACCAGGAAUUGCCCAUGUCUACCACCCAAAAUGUGACGCAUGGUCGGCAUGGAUUAAACAGGAGGGCGUAUUUUCUCUUCCUGCUUAUGAUGUUUUCUGGCCUGUGUCGUUCCUUGGAGAUGUAGGCGAUCGCAGUGUGGUGCUGACAUGGAACCUGAUGGGUCUUCCCGGACCUGGUGUGAAAUAUGAGAUACACGCUUUGCUGGUGGAUAAUAAAGAUUAUUGCAUUCUUCGCCAUCAAUUCCUUGAUGAGUUGUGUGAGGCGAUCCAACCAUCCUUCUUUGAUGAUUCGUGCUCAAAUCUCAACUUGGUUGACCUUGGCAACAGCAAAGUAUGCGUUAUCAUCGGUGGUCUCGCAGAAGGCAUUCCAUCCCUUUUCAUUUUAGUAGUUGAAUUAGGGUUGGUACAAGAGGAGGAGCAGCAUAUAUCAGAGGAGGAGGAGCAAAGGUUCUUAUCUGUGCGUGUACUCGUGAAUCGAGUCUUCCAUAUGAAGCGUCAUCUCUCAGAGGACUUCUUUCAAUUGCCCUGGACCUCCUUUCUUUUCUCGCUCAGAAAGGGAACGUCGGACAUAGACAGGGAUGCCGUGAAGGAUCAUAUAGGUGAGAAAGUUCCCACCCUGACUUCGGCAUCUCUGAAGGCCUUUUCCAGGAAGAGGUCAUCCGGGAAGGAAAAUAAUGUGGUCAAGGUUGCCCAAUCUAAGGAGAUUAGUUUAAAGAGAACAAAGCUAGAGUCAGCUGUUGUAGGUCUUGAUAAGUACCUGGAGGUUUCUCAAUUGAAGGAUAAGGCUAGAGAAUUGGGUAUGAAGGACAUGACCAAGGCUUUGAAGCCGAAGGAAAAAGAGAAGAUUGAGGCGGCAUUAACUCUAAAGGUGGGUGAGCUGGAGAAUGCAUUAAAGGAUGCUAAAAAUUCAAAGGAGACAAUGGCUUUUGAGAUGUUUUGGAAAGGGUUUGAUCGUGCUGUAAGUCAAAUUAAGGCUCUUGCGCCGGAUGUUAAUGUGGAUGAUAUGGAUGUAUCCAAGAUUGUGGUAAAUGGAGUAUUAGUGGAUGCUGACAUCCCGGAAGGUGGUUGUGAUGAAAAUGCUGCAGAUGUUGAGAAGAAAGACCCAUAGUGUGGUUAUCAUAUGUAUUUUAAUUAUUUGCUGUUAGUAUGGAUGAUGAUGUAGUAUGUUGGAUUCUAAGUAUUUUGCUUCUGGCUUUUUGAUGAAUACCAGUUCGGCUAUUGUUUUA